AUGGCAGCAGCUGGUUUAAGCUUCUUCAAGCUCUCCUUCCUCCUCAGCCUCCUCUCUGGCGGAUCAAACAUACUGAAUAAUCCGUUAUCCGAAACCACACCCGGUCUAGUCGGGAAGUUUCCACCGUCGUGUAACCGAAUCGAGUGCCCAAACUACGAACUAGUUCACACCGGAAAUGGAUACGAGAUUCGCCGGUACGAUAACACCGUCUGGAUUUCCACUGAACCGAUUCAAGACAUCUCUCUCGUCGAUGCUACAAGAACAGCUUUCUUCCAAUUGUUCGCUUACAUUCAAGGGAAGAACGAGUAUCAUCAGAAGAUUGAGAUGACUGCUCCGGUGAUAAGUCAAGUCUCACCAAGCGACGGCCCGUUCUGUGAAUCUUCCUUCACUGUAUCCUUCUACGUUCCUAAAAAAAACCAGCCUGAUCCAGCUCCGGCGAAGAAUCUCCAUAUCCAGAAAUGGAAACCUAGGUACGUCGCGGUGAGGCAAUUCGGUGGAUUCGUCUCCGAUUCCACCGUCGGACAAGAAGCUGCGGCGUUACAGGAGAGCCUCAAAGGUACUGCUUGGGCUAACGCGAUCGAGAAGAGCAAAGAAGACGGUGGUGUUGGGUCGGAUUCAGCUUACACUGUGGCUCAGUAUAACUCACCGUUUGAGUUCUCGGGUCGGGUCAAUGAGAUUUGGUUACCAUUUGAAAUGGAAGAUUAA